ACUUACGAUUGGAAAAUAUUGUUGAGAAUGGAGGCUGCCAGACUGGGGUUUUGAUCAUCAUGGACGUCCGCAAAUGGCAGUUUUCCGUGAGCGGCGGAAGCAUCCUGUUGAUCUGAAGGUGAUUGUGGGAUGUCAGAAAGAGAGUGGUGGAAAUUCUCAGAGUUGAAAAUGAUGGAUACACAGCGUGCAUUGAUUGCAGUGGAGCGUCUGCAGGAGAGGCUGAAGGAGAGGGGAGAGCUCCCCACUGAGGAAAAACUAAGUCUGCUCAAGAGUGUCUUACAAAGUCCCCUGUUCCACCAGAUACUCAUCAUGCAAGAGACUGGACAACAGCAUCAGCAACUGGUUUCUCCCAGAACAUCUCAGUCUGUGAGUGAUAAUGAGGAUGGUUUGAGUGCAUCCCACCCCUCCUACAUUCUGAGGCACAGAGACUCCUACCUCUCAGCCCAACGACACAAUGACCACUAUCGACCCAACAACCAUGUGACUUUUGCAACCUGCAUCACAGAGGACAUUUCAGUGCUGCAGUCCAUGGCCCAGGGUCGAACUGUGCUUAGUUUUGACCUGGAGAAGGGAGAGAGCGCUUUAGGCAUCAACAUUAUUGGUGUGGAGACUGAAGGCAGUAGCGGUUAUGGUAUCUUCAUACAGGAGAUUCAGUCAGGCUCAGUUGCAUACAGUGAUGGACGUCUUCAUGAGGCUGAUCAGAUUUUAGCAGUGAACGGAACACAGUUUGACUCAUCAGUAACACUGGAGCAAGCUGUCAAGGUUCUACAGGAGGCUGCCCCCAUAGUAACCUUGAUUGUAGCCAGAGGGCCAAUCACCAAAUUCAGCCCACCACCACAGAUGAGCCACACUGUCUCUCUCAAAAACCUCUCUGGCCUUGCUGAACAGUUCAGUCCUCGACAAAUUCAUCUGAUUGAGCUACAGAACGAUGGAUCGGGUCUGGGCUUUGGGAUUGUGGGUGGGAGGAGCACUGGCAUCAUGGUUAAAACUAUCUUAACUGAUGGGGUUGCUGGAAAGGAUGGUAGGUUGCGUAGUGGAGAUCUUCUCCUCAGGAUCGGUGAUGUGGAUGUGUCCUCUAUGGGCAGUGAGGAAGUGGCACGGGAGCUCCGUCUUGCUGGUUCCAAAGUGAGACUUCUCAUCGCUAGGGAAACCACUGACAUUGACCUUUCACCCCCCAUCACCCAGCAACAGGACACUCUGGUGCAGAGACAGUAUUUAGUAGAGCGAAAGGAAAACCUAAUAAGUGCCAGAUUCACUAAUGGCAAGAACGGUUUGGACAUCAACAAUGCCAAAUCAAUGGAAAACUUGAACGCAGAGUCCAGUGGAUUGGUUGGAAAGAGCAUACUAGAGGGAAGUACAGUGGAUCAGGAUGGACAAAUUCACACUGGAGAUGACAUCAUUACUGUGGAUGGUCAGAGUCUACAUGACUGCAGUGAACAGAAAGCAGAGGAAAUUCUGCACUUGUCUGGCCAGUAUGAGGAGAUAUCUCUUCUGAGAAGGGACUCACAAUCUGAAACACAAACAACCCCUACAACAUCCACAACCUCCCAGAGACCUUUGACCCCACUAGGUCUCCUGCCCCCUCCACUGCCACCAUGUCUACCAGAGCCAAAGCCAGUUCUGCCCCCAGGAAAAGUUCUCUAUACUGAAUGCCGGAAGCUCACCUUCAACAGAGAGUGCAUUGAUACAAAGCAAACCAGUUAUUUUGAGUCCAAGCUGGAGAACAGCAGCCAGCAGUUUUCCUUAGCUAGACUAUCUGAGGAAGAGGAGGAAACACUGACGGAGAAGUGGCAAAGCAAACUGGGCCCUCAAUAUGAAAUCACGGUGGUCCAGGUCCAGAAGUUCAGUGAGAGCAGUGGUCUUGGUGUGAGUCUGGAGGCUAAGGAAGGUCAUCAUUAUAUCUGCUCUAUAUUGCCAGAGGGUCCAGUGGGACAGACAGGAGUCAUAUGCCCUGGAGAUGAGCUGCUAGAGGUGAACGGGAUCUCACUGAUUGGUGAGUCACAUAAGGAAGUGGUGAACUUGCUGAAGGAGCUUCCUGUGUGCGUUUGUUUGGCAUGUAGUCGUCUCAUCCCGCCCACACUCAUUGAGGAAGAUGAUGACGACGAUGAUGUACAACUCACCCUGAAGGAGCUACUGGCAGAAUUUAAUGAAAAGUCAAAGGCUGAGCAGAAUUCGUUUGGUGGUUUUGGUGCCCGCAAAGAGGAUGAUGGGAAGGUAGAGGCUCCUGUGCUAUCCCAUCAGGCCAUGUGGGAGAUCGAGAUUCAAGUUUAUGAGCUGCAGAAAGGAGAUUCUGGAUUGGGAUUCAGCAUACUAGACUACCAGGACCCCAUGAACCCAGGGCAGACUGUGAUAGUGAUCCGCUCUCUUGUAGCAGGUGGUUUGGCAGAGAGAGAUGGCAGGUUGUUGCCAGGCGACCGACUGAUGUUCGUCAACGGGACUGACUUGAGUCAUGCUAGUCUGGCUCAGGCUGUUCAUGUCCUGAAGAGCACCGGUUUGGGCACUGUAUGCAUAGGAGUCUCAAAACCCUUACCGGAAAAUGACACCCAGGGCACAGAAGCUGAUGUAACGGGCAACUGCCUCUCAGCACAUAACAACCAGCUUGGCACUCUGCAGAAAAACUCCCACUUUCAGAAUAGCAAGAUGGAGGAUGAUUCUAAACCCAUUUCUGCCCACUCCAGUGGCUAUGAGAGAACCAUAACUGUAGUCAGGGGAAACUCCAAUCUGGGUAUGACAGUGAGUGCCUUAAGGGACGGUUCAGGCAUGAUAAUCCGCUCUGUGGUUCAUGGCGGGUCGAUCAGUAAGGAUGGGAGACUGGCAGUAGGAGAUGGAAUCAUUGCCAUCAAUGGAGAAUCCACCACCAAUCUGACCAAUGCACAAGCCAGAGCAAUGCUACGCAGACAUUCACUGAUUGGACCUGAUCUCAGUGUGAUGUACGUACCUGCUGCCUUCCUUGACAUGCACAGAGCCAGUUGUGCCCAAUCAAAUCAGGAAAUGGAAAUACACACAGCUGCCACUGUCCAAUCCAGCCACACUCACAAUCGACCUUUCAAACCGCUAGAAUGCAUUUCUGAACAACAAAGUAUAGUGGAUGGUACAGGAGUUAAUGGAAAGACUCACGCAGAAGAAGAGAAGGAAAGAAAAGAUAACCACAGCCGGUAUGGAGAUAAAAAGGUAAAGGAUGAAAGAACAGCCUUGCAAAGUGAGAAUGGACAGAUGGGAUGGAAAGACAAAGACAGAGAAAAAGUUGAAGAAGAUACACAAGGGAAGGAUCAUGGCUCAUGGAGUAAACCUAGAAGAGUAACAUUAUUCAGGGCAAGUGGUACAAGUCUUGGCAUCAGCGUGGUGGGGGGCCGUGGUAUGGGCUGUCGACUGAGCAAUGGAGACAUGAGGCGGGGCAUCUUCAUAAAAAAUAUUGCUGAAGACAGUCCAGCUGCAUGCAACUGCAUUCUGAAAGAAGGAGACUGCAUUCUUCAGGUUAACGGUGUAGAUUUGAGUGAAUUUACUCAUGAAGAAGCCGUUGAGGCGAUUCGUGGAGCAGGAAACAGAGUAGAACUACUAGUACAGAGUCCUCUGGUUUCAGCCCCUCUCACCUGCGAUGAUAAAAAUAAACUGUCAAAAUUGAGUUCUCGAAAUCAAGAGGAGGAGCUUGACAUGGCCAAUAAUCUCUUGCACCUCUCCCCAAACUACCCCUUCAGCCCCACCCCCUUUAAGCUUACAGUAGAGCAGAAGUUGGGGAAGCCCCCAAAGUCAGUUCCUCCCAUCCUGAAAAAGCCCUCCAGGCAUGAUGACACAGAAACAGAUGGAGCACAGAGGGUUCCAGAGAGACCACCCCUGCCAGAAGAUACCUCACAUCAUCAGAGCGAGCCAGAGCAGGACUCCUACUGGAGUCGCAUGCUCCAGAGGUAUGGCAGUCUGCCUGGGGAGCUGCACGUGUUUGAGCUGGACUGUGGCUCAAACAGCUCUGGGUUGGGAGUGUGUUUGUCAGGAAACAGAGAUGCAGUGCGUGGAAGGAUGAGUGUGUACGUGUCAGAGAUCAAACCAGAUGGGGCUGCUGCCACAGACGGUCGUGUCAGGGUGGGUGAUGAACUGCUGGAGAUAAAUGGACAGGUGCUAUAUGGCCGCAGUCACCAGAAUGCUACAGCAAUCAUCAACAAUACACCAGCUAAAGUCACGAUUCUGCUCACCAGGAACAAAGCUGCACUGAAACAAAUGGCUACAGGACAAGUAUUGGAGGAUGGAAGGAUCAAAAGAGAGGAUAAACCUAAGUCCCACUCCCUGGAGAGGCUCAAUGCUGAUCUUCCUGCUCCAAUCAAUGCCACAUCCAAUCACAAGCCUCCCUGUCAUCCUGCCAGUCACAUGCCCCCCAGCCACUGUUCCCCUCUGCCAUCUGACAUAUCAUCAGCUGAUGAGAGCAGCUACAGUGGCACCUCAGCCAAUCAGAGCUUUCACUUGGGGCCACACAGCACUUCUUACUUGGCCCAGUGUUCUGUGAUCUCGGACCCCCAUACAUGCCCCAUCAUACCUGGUUACAUAAAUACCAUAGAUAUCUGCAAGGGCCAUACUGGACUUGGUCUCAGCAUAGUAGGAGGCUGCAACACAGUACUGGGUGUUAUCAUGAUUCAUGAAGUGAAUCGGGGUGGUGCAGCACACAGAGAUGGCCGGUUGUGGGCAGGAGAUCAUUUACUAGAGGUGAAUGGCAUUGAUCUGAGAAUGGCCACUCAUGAGGAAGCCUUGAGCGUCCUGCGCUUGAGUCAACAGCAUGUGCGGCUGCGUGUAUACAGAGAACCUGUCACAAGCACACAGCAGAACCACAGCACACACACAAUCCAGAUUGAGAAACCUGAGGAAAUGUGGGACCUCUUCAGUGUCGAACUACAGUUAAAAGCCGGACAGGGACUUGGUUUUUGCAUUGUGGGUAAAAGGAAUGACACAGGAAUCUUUGUGUCUGAGAUAACUAGAGGAGGGUUGGCAGAUCUGGAUGGAAGACUGUUGCUAGGUGACCAGAUUUUGUCUGUGAAUGGGGAGGACAUCAGAGCUGUAUCACAGGACUAUGCCAAAGCACUACUGCAGAGUUGUAGCGAGUCUGUACUUUUGGAGGUGGCACGUUUUAAAGCUUUAAAGCACUACUCAUAUGGGGACCAGGUCGGCAAGGUGGAUGUGCCUGCUCUCUCCUCUCUCAGCACACAUGAUUCUACAGAUGGGAAUGUGGACAUCAGAACUGUCACCAUUCAGAAGCAUGAGUGUGAGUCUGUGGAGAUGGCAGUGAGAGACAUACAGGGGGAUCCAAUGAUUUACAUCUCCAACCUGGAUUCAACCACAUCUGCAGCACGCUCCGGUCUCCUGCAGCUAGGUGCCAGGGUCAUCAGCAUUAACGGAACAUCAACAGAAAGUCUUUCAGUCAUUGAUGCAAAUAAACUCCUGAGAAACAGCAGUGGAGCCAUCACACUGCAGGUGAUGUCAAGUUGCAGUGUAGGUGGAGCUGGAUUCAAUAAAGAUCAGCCAUCUGUAAUUCAUUCCAACAACUCUACCCACAACCACCAGAGUUCUCCUCAGUUCCAGGCUAUAGCUCUUGAACGUGGCUCAGCUGGACUUGGCUUCAGUAUUGUGGGAGGAUUUGGCAGUUCCCAUGGUGAUUUACCCAUCUACAUCAAAAAUAUUUUCCCCAAGGGAGCUGCUGUGGAGGAUGGGCGUCUGCGUCAUGGUGAUCAGCUGCUGGCGGUAAAUGGGCAGAGUCUGGAAGGUGUCACUCACUCUGAGGCUGUUGAGCUUCUGAGACAGACCAGCGGGACAGUAACUCUUCAAGUCCUCUCCAAUAGACUACCAACAUGCUGAUAACACCUCACAGAAUACUGCAUGUUUUCAGCAUCCUUCUGAAACUGUAAAUGCAAGAUCUUCCUCUCAAAGAACGUCUCACAAAAACAUCUUUCCUAAAUGCAGAGUGAUUCCACAAUCAAAGAAUCAGAGUUAAAAUGUGACAAAUGUUGAGCAUAAAGUGGGAGAAGCCAAUAGGUAUUAGUGCUAAACGAUGAUUCUUUUACUAAAAAAUCUCAGCUGUUUUUGUACUGUACCAACUGUUUUUCAUAUCACUAUACAUUUGCAACAAUGUUCAGUAAUUAACAUUCACUUUUCAGACUCCAAUCCUUCCAUGGAUAAUAUUAAGAUAUUAAAAAAGCAAUAGCUAAUAUGGAGAGUUCACAUUGUGCAUAAUUAUUCAUAAGCAAGGUUUAAGUAUUUGAUGAAAUACACAGGUCAAUCAUG